CUCUCUCUCUCUCUCUCUCUCUCUCUCUCUCUCUCUCUCAAGAAUCCUACUUCUCAUCUGAGUUUUACUCAAAUAGUGAAACAAAAGCCUUCGCCUCAACCAUACUCUCUGCAUACAUUCUCUGUCGCCUCACUACUUUCGCUUUGUGGUUUCUUCGCUCCACCCCUCUCUGUUUCUUUUCAGAUUUACUUUUACCCUUCAAACUUUCUCAUUAAACCGAGAUUUUUUCCUCCUUUUUUUUUCUCUUCAACGUUCCGCUUUCUCUUUAUUCUCUCAGAAUCUCUCCUUUUAUUUUUGCCUUGUUAGCUUUCGCUUUCAAUGCAAAUCUGAAGAAAAAGGAAACAAAAACUCACACUGUCUCUGAGGAAACAAUGUUUUCUACAAACAGGGUGAAGUACAGUGAGCACAUAACGAGGACUACGGUUAGCAGAAGGCGGGAAAAUCCAAUUUCCGGCAGGAAAAGCCCUUUUCCGGAGGCGAGGACGGUUCGGUUCUCUGUUACCGACGCCGACGCCACCGAUUCUUCGAGCGAUGAGGAGGAGGAGGGGUUUAGCUUUGCUGUGAAGCGGCGAAGGGUGAGGAAGUUCAUCAACGAGGUCAGAAUCCAGCCUUGCUGCAGAGAUAACGGAAAUGUUGACGUUAACGGAAGUGUUAACGGCGCCGUGAGGGUUAGCCGGCCAACGCUGAAGCGGAAGAAGAGCGGCGGAGGGAGAGCGGCCGCGGCGGCGGAGGGCGGCGGAGCGAGGAAGUUCCGUGGCGUGAGGCAGCGGCCGUGGGGGAAGUGGGCGGCGGAGAUUCGUGACCCGCUGCGGCGCGUGAGGCUGUGGCUCGGGACCUACGACACGGCGGAGGAAGCCGCCAUGGUGUACGACCACGCCGCUAUUCAGCUGCGUGGCCCCGACGCGCUCACCAACUUCUCGGCUCCGGCUGCGGCGGCGCCUGACAAGGACAGCUCCGGCUACAACUCCGCCGACGAGUCGCACUCGCUCAACAUUGCCAAGUCGCCGAAGUCUGUGCUGCGGUGUGUCUCGGCGGCUGACUCGGCGGAAGCGGAGGCGGAGGUCGAAGCCGAGUCCUCUUGUGUUUUCCCUCAGAACGACGUCGUUGGCAGCCCUGACGAUCUCUCGAUAUUCCCUCCGAGCGACGAUAUAUUCGCGGAGUUUGAGAAACCGGCAGACUUGUUUGACGAAACGGUUUUCUCGGACGACAUUUACGGUAUGGGUUUCUGCAGCGGCGAUUUGCUUGUUGGGUCGGAUACGGAUUUUGGGCUCGGGUCAUCCAGCUGGCAAAACGAUGACUUCUUUCAUGACUUUGGUGAUAUAUUCGGGUCGGAUCCUCUCGUUGCGCUUUGAGUUAUUAAAAUAUUUGUAAUAGUAUAAGAAAUCAGCACCAAUUUUGUUGAUUUCUUCGGCAGUUUUGGGAUGGUUAAUUAGUGUGUUUUUUAUUUUAUUUAUUUGUGUGGAAAAUAGACCUAUGUAAUUCUGUGUUUAAUGUGAAGAAAUUUAAAUUAUUCGUGCUAA